AUGUCUAUCGACUUCAUAGCGGUGGCGUUCGACCAGAGCAUCAACCAGGCGGCUAAGAUCAGGCACAUGUUCGGUGGAGCAGCCGGGUACCGCUCAGGACGUGGGGAAGGUGGCGGCGCUUCGCCGUUGAUCAUCUACAACGACGGCGCCGCAGACAACCGCCGGUGGCAGCAGUUCUCACCCCGCGCCGGCGACAUCAUUGUCAGCAGUCCACCCAAGGCCGGUACAACCCUGACCCAAAUGUUGUGCGCACUUUUGGUGUUCGAUGGCCCCGAGUUCCCAGACUCACUCGAUCAGAUCUCGCCGUGGUUCGAUCAAAUCACCCGCUCCGAUGAUGAGGCGCUGGCAAUGCUUGAUGGCCAAACCCAUCGGCGCAUCAUCAAGACCCAUACACCGCUCGACGGCAUACCUCGCUUCGACGACACGACGUUCAUCUCUGUGCAUCGUGAUCCUCGAGACGUUCUGGUGUCAUGGAUCCACCAUGCGGCCAACAUCGAUGUCGAGAAGAUCUUGUCCGCGAUCGAUGCGGCAGGCUACUCGGAGCGCUUUCUCGAACAUCGACAGCGCCAGCCCGCAAGUUGGGAUGAUCGAUUCAGCCUGUGGCUCGACUUGUCUUGGGAGCACUCGGUGUUCUCGUUCGCUCGCAUUGCCCGCCAUGCAGUAGUCGCUGACGAACGGAGCGACGACGACAAUGUACUCGUGCUGCAUUUUGCAGACAUCGCUGGCGACAUAGAGAACGCGCUUGCUGCGAUUGGUGACGUGCUCGGGUUCGCGCUUUCCCCUCCCCGGCAGAAGGACCUUGCGGCACACGCGGCAUUCGACUCGAUGCGAUCCAACGCCGCGAAUCUCGCUCCGACGACGAAGGGACAGCUGGCCGACCCGGCCAGCUUCUUUCGAACUGGUGCCGGGGGCGACUGGCAGACCCUGGUGUCCGCAGAAGUUCUCGCUCGAUACGAAGGUGGUCGUGCACCGAAAAUGCAAAUGCUGCAUGCAGCCGCCUAG